AUGGCAACCACGUUUGCAAACCUCUAUACGCACCGCAAGGUUGCUGAGACAGCAGCCAAAGCGUGCGACAUAUGCUACAAGUCCAGCACAUCAGUGCUGAUCACGCCAGACAAGAAGGAUUUCUUCUUUGUUUGCCCCGUUCACUUGAAGGAUCGCUACUUUUGCACGCCCAAGAUUGAUGAGGAAGCCGCCAAAAAGAAGCGCGAGAAGGAGUUAGAGGAGGAGAAGGAGCGCGUCAAGAAAGAGUACGAGGAGAAACAGAAGAAAAAGAAGGAGAAGGAGGCGAAGAAGGAUAAAGACGAUAAGGACAAGGAUGAUGCUAAAGAAAAGGAUAAAGACAAGGAUAAAGACAAAGACAAAGACGAGGAGAAAGAUGGGGACAAGGAAACGGAGGAUGACAGUCCUACGCCUGAGGAAGAGCCACGUGUGUUUGAGUUAAAGACCACGUUCUAUCAGCAGAGGCUAUUGAAGAAGCGACAGGCUGAAGCCGCAAAACAGGAUCGGGAGCGAGCAUCAAAGCCUGGAUACUUUCCUUCUGUGCCUUCUGAUGCUCCCACUCGAGGAUAG